CAAUAUUGCUACUCUGUAGAAUUCGCAAAAGAAGCCCUUAAUCAAUACUUGAAAUUUUCCAAGGCUUUUAUCUUCUUCAAUUUGUUAGGCCUCUCUAGCUAGCUUUAAAAAUGGUGAAGAUAUCAAUUGGCAGCCUUGGUGACUCUCUAAGUCAUGGAUCACUCAAAAGUUACUUAGCUGAGUUUAUUGCCACCCUUCUUUUUGUGUUUGCUGGGGUUGGAUCAGCAAUUGCUUUCAAUAAUCUCACAGCUGAUGCAGGUUUGGAUCCAGCUGGGCUGGUGGCAAUAGCAGUAGCUCAUGCAUUUGCCUUGUUUGUGGGAGUGUCCAUGGCGGCCAACAUCUCAGGUGGCCAUUUGAAUCCAGCUGUCACCUUUGGAUUGGCUGUGGGCGGCAACAUAACUCUCAUAACUGGAUUUUUCUAUUGGAUUGCUCAGUUACUUGGUGCUACUGUUGCUUCUUUUCUCCUCAUUUUUGUUACUGGUGGCAAGGCAGUCCCAAUUCAUGGAGUUGGUGCAGGACUAGGUGCAGCCGAAGGUGUAGUGUUUGAGAUCAUCAUCACCUUUGCUCUGGUCUAUACUGUCUACGCCACUGCAGCAGACCCGAAGAAGGGCUCACUGGGAACCAUCGCCCCCAUUGCAAUUGGCUUCAUUGUGGGGGCAAACAUCUUGGCUGCUGGUCCCUUCAGCGGUGGCUCCAUGAACCCGGCUCGUUCAUUUGGGCCAGCUGUUGCUGCCGGAGAUUUUUCAGGUCACUGGAUCUACUGGGUCGGUCCGCUCAUCGGAGGAGGCUUAGCUGGCCUCGUAUUUGGUGAUGUUUUCAUUGGAUCGUAUGCUGCAGUCCCAGCCUCCGACUAUGUUUAAGAUUAUUGAUCCUGGAACUUUGUUCGUAUUGCCUGUGUUCUCUCAGUCCUUGUGAUGUUCCUUUUGAGUGUAACUUGUACCUUUCAAUUUGUGAAUAAUAAAUGUUGAUAAUCAAAUUAUUUUC